CUUAAAGAGCAUUAGCGAUCUAAGAAACAAAUUUCACAAAUCAGUCUCACUCUGCUCGUCCCCAAUUUCUUCUCCGAUAUAUUUUUUUUACGACUACAUCAUGAUUUUCCUUUUGCCGUCGCAAUCUUCACCUCCAUUUUUCUACAUUUUUCUCCUUGUUCUACUUACCGUCACAGCACUAUCUGCGGCGGCAACGACACAAUCGAAGUGCAAAUUCGAAGCCAUCUUCAAUUUCGGUGACUCUAAUUCCGACACCGGGGGGUUUUGGGCGGUGUUUCCGGCUCAACAUGGACCUAAUGGCAUGACCUUCUUCAAGAAGCCCACCGGGCGUGCCACCGACGGAAGGCUCAUUCUCGAUUUCCUUGCAAACUCAGUUGGACUUCCAUUUAUAAGCCCAUAUAUGAAAGCAAUAGGUUCAGAUUUCAAACAUGGAGCAAACUUUGCAACAUUAGCUUCAACAGUGUUAUUGCCAAACACUUCCUUGUUUGUCACUGGAAUUAGCCCCUUCUCUUUGGCCAUUCAGCUCAACCAAAUGAAGGAAUUCAAACUUAGAGUUGAUGAAUUCUAUUCUUCUUCUUCUUCCUUUUCCAAAGGAUGGAGCCAACUUCCACCACCAGACAUCUUUGGAAAAGCAUUGUAUACAUUCUACAUUGGUCAAAAUGAUUUCACCUCCAACUUAAAAGCUAUUGGAAUUGAAGGUGUUAACCAAUAUCUUCCUCAAGUUGUUUCUCAAAUUAUUGAUACCAUCAAGGAGGUAUACAAGUUGGGAGGAGAAACGUUUCUAGUAAUGAAUAUGGCUCCAGUGGGGUGUUACCCUGCCCUUUUGGUUCAGCUUCCACACAAAAGCUCAGACAUUGAUCAAUAUGGCUGCUUUAUCUCUUACAAUAAAGCUGUAACAGACUACAAUGCCAUGCUUAAGAAAGAGCUCGAACGAGCAAGAAGCGUGCUCCCUAAAGCUUCACUCGUUUACUUCGAUACCCACUCUAUUUUGUUGCAACUCUUUCGACAUCCCAACUCGUACGGUCUUAAAUAUAGUACGAAAGCUUGUUGUGGCCAUGGUGGAGGACCCUAUAAUUUUGACCCAACAAUUUUUUGUGGAAAUAGUAAGAAGAUGAACGACAAAAUCUUAACAGCAACAGCUUGCUCUGAUCCUUAUAACUAUGUAAGUUGGGAUGGAAUUCAUGCCACAGAAGCUGCAAACAAACUUGUUACUUUAGCUAUUCUCAAUGGCUCUUAUUCUGACCCUCCCUUUUCCUUUCAAAACCUUUGUGAUCUCCAACCUCUAGAUUGACCAAAUCGAUCUUCGAUAAAACUGUUCGAUGUGAACCAAUUAGAUGUCCCUGUUCUAGGAAUAAGAUCGACUAUAUCGUAAAAAUUGUCCCUAAAGUGUAAAGUUAAUUGGUUUCAACCAUACUCCUUUUGUAUGUUCGUUUUACGUUGUCUUUAAGAAACUUAUCAGAGAUAACGAACAUUGGCAUUUUCUCUAAAUAGCACAAUGUUGUUCGUUAAUAUUCUUUAAAUUUUAAACACAAUGCUUUUAGGUUUUUGUUUGAGCAGACGGAAAAGUAAAGAGAAAUUAUAGCCAGUUGUGUAGUUGUACUCUUUUUUACUGUAAUGCCUUGACAUCAAAUGCUUCGUAUUUAUUA